UACGGCGACGAUGCGAAAUUUAUCUGACGAUAUCGAAUAACGAUCGCGAUGAAUUUUUUGAAAAAAUAUCGCCCGAUCAAAGGCGUCGGGCGGAUCAUUAUUUUAUCCAGAUUUGAAUCGUGUUCGCAGCCGAAUCGACCCGUUCAGAAACUGGUCAGCGCGGACGUUUUCGAUCCUUGUCCCUCGGCAGGACCUUACAACAGUCCAAAACCAGUGGCGGUCAGAAUCUGCACGCGAAAGGACGUCGAGAGGACUCUUCCGCCCGAGGUUAGCCACUGUCCCCGAAAUUUGACGCCGAAUACAGUUGCGAAAAAAAUGAGCAGGUUGUUAAAAAACCUGUUCAAGGGCGCGAUAGCGACUGGUUUAGUUUACUGGACUUCCAGCGAAGGUUUUUGGGGCGACGGAAGAGACGCGGAAGAUCUUUACGGACGAAUCAUCGCCACCGUCGCACCCGCUUUCGAAAAGGUCGUCGAUUUGAGAAAGGCAAAAGAACUUCCGCAUUUGGAAGAUGUGAAAUACAAAUUACUCGACGGUUACAACAGAACGGUGUUUGGUCUCCUCAGUUUCGUGGCCGUUAAUGCGUCGCCUCGGCAUAACGAACGCGAGAAUGUCACGCCGGAAGUGAUAUUAAUUUUGUUGGAGGAAAAGUGUUUAAGAAAUUAUGUUCCACGAAGUAGUGACCUCCAGAGGUCAAAAUUUAGUGCUCGCGGAAUGUAA